AUGUUGCAACGUCUACUCCUAUUCGGCUAUUUGAUAGCUGUAGUAUCGGCUACAGUUAAGCUACGAGAGCUAUAUUCCUGGAACGUGCUAGACUGGAACUACCCGGACCAAUAUACCAAGCAAAGAGACCUCGAAAGUGGAGCUUUUAACCCCAAAAAUGCCUUACCUGUGGGAAUCGAGAGGUGGAGGAAUAAAUUGUUCGUCAGUGUGCCUCGCUGGUUUCCAGGGGUACCAGCUACUUUAAAUUACAUACCGCUAGAUGCUCCGUAUGAACCGUCACCAAAACUAACCCCCUAUCCAAGCUUUGAGGAAAAUGAGCUCGGAAACUGUGAAAACGGCCUGACCACUGUAUACAGAAUCAAAGCUGAUAAAUGCGAUCGUUUGUGGGUUUUAGACGUCGGCACGUACGGAUAUGAUCCCAACGUUACAAACGUUUGCCCAUACGCAUUAAACGUGUAUGAUUUAAACACUAACCGAAGGCUUAGAAGAUACGUCUUCAGACCCGAAGAUAUUGUGCCAACUACUUUUAUUGCAAACAUAGCAUUAGACGAAGGUGACACCUGUGACGACUAUUACGCAUAUUUCUCCGAUGAACUGGGUUACGGACUGAUCUCGUACUCAUGGCAACAAAAUAAAUCAUGGCGAUUCAGCCACGGUUUCUUCCUUCCCGAUCCCUUGGUCGGCGACUUCAAUAUAGCGGGCAUGAACUUCCAAUGGAUUUCAGAAGGUAUCUUCGGAAUCUCAGCAUCACCAAAAGGCCCUGAUGGUUAUAGAACCCUAUAUUUCAGCCCCAUCACUAGUAACACUGAAUUUGCUGUAUCCACCCGUAUUCUCAGAGAUGAGAGUAAAGUAAAAGGUUCCUACCAAGACUUCAAAGUUGUCGGCCCUCGGGGACCUGAUACUCACACGACAGCUAAAGUAGUCGAUUCCACAGGUGUUCAACUAUAUAAUUUAAUUGAUCAAAACGCUAUCGGUUGCUGGAACACUAAACUACCAAUGAAACCGCAAAACACUGCUAUUGUAGAUAAGGAUGACGUUAGCAUGAUCUUUCCAUGCGAUGUUAAAGUAGAUGAAGGCAGAAAUGUAUGGGUGAUAUCAGACCGUAUGUCAAUAUUCUUAGAGUCCGAAUUGGAUUAUAGCGACAUCAACUUCAGGAUUUUCACAGCUAACUUUGAAGAUCUCAUUCGAGGAACAGUUUGUGAACCGAACCGUUUCAUACCCUCAUACGAAAGACCGACGUAUGACGUGGGUGUGUACAGAAGCUUGAACCCCAACUAUCAACGAUUUCCUUCAACUUCUUUAGAAGCCGUAGGACCUCAAAAGUUUAAUAAUGAUGUUAACCCGCGCUAUUAUAACUAUCGCCGACAGCAAAGUCAGCAGUACGUCUUCCCGUCGACAAAACCCUUGACGACAACUAGGAAUCCCUGGUGGACUAGUCCGGGCAAUUUCAACGAAUACAAAUAA